AUGCGCGCCUCUCCUAUUCGUCGUCAACAGCUCGGUGGCCUUGUCCCGCCCAAAAUCGCUUCCCCCACCAUCCUCUCUGCCGGUCAGGGCGGUGACCUCACCCCGCUCGUCAACUUCUACGGCAAGCUUCCCAAGGGCCGUGCGCCUCCUCCCGCAUUCGGCGGCCUCAAAGCCCGUUUCUUCAAUGGCAAGAACGCGUCCGCUGCCCCCAUUGCGUGGAUGAUGCUUGGCAUUUUCGGGAUCGGGUAUACUCUUGACUACCAGAAGCACCACAAGAACCACGCUCACUAG